CCAGGGCGCUCACGAACAAGCAACAUAUUUCAAAUGAAGUAGAAAAAGACCAGUUCACCAGCGCAUUGGGAACUUCGUGGCUACUUCCGAGACAAAACACCAUCUACUGUGCUCUUAUCUAUUACGCUUAUUUCGGAGCAAAGAAGGGGGAGCAAGAAGCAAUUAAAAAAAUUCUGGAUUAACAGGGAAGUUUUCCUUUUUAAACGCUCUUGUUCGACUCCGCAUCUGUCACUACACGCGCAAAUGCACUGUGUUUUUAACAGCAAUUUUUAAACUGUCAAAGUCUCGGGCGAAUUGCACUUAAUUUAAAAGGCAUUGUAACAGCCUCUGCAGUUGUCUAAAGCGUAACAUUAAAAAAAAAAAUCUGAUGUGAAAAAACUUGGAAAAAGUAGAACGUCUUGCGUAUGGCUACCGUUGAAUAUUUUUGUUAUUUUACAGAUUUAUGUCGAACUUGGAAAUGGGACAAAAUAUGAAUAAGUGUCUCUGACUUCAAAUGCAUUUAUUCCUGUAGAGGGUUCAUCGUUUAAAGGUAGAUUUCACAUAGGCUAGUAUAUUCCCUUGACCAUAAAAAAGCGUCUGAUGCGAAAGUAAAUGGACCAUUGCCCAAGUGUUUUUCAUCUCUAUUAGUUGUACAGAUUUACUGAAAAUAAAGAAGAAAGUGCGAGAAAGAAAAUACACUAAAUAAACCUACAGCUGGAUCGUGUGGGGGGCAAGCAACGUUGCCGCAUCUCCCGGGAUGGUGCGUCUGUUAAACUGCCUCCUUCUCGGAUACUUAACAUGGAAUCUUCGGAUAUCAGACGCCCAGGGGGAGUACUGCCACGGCUGGCUAGACAGCAGUGGGAAUUACCACGAGGGUUUUCAGUGUCCAGAGGACUUCGAUACCAUGGACGCGACCGUAUGUUGUGGGACCUGCGCCCUACGAUACUGUUGCGCUGCCGUGGACGCACGGCUAGAUCAGGGCGGCUGUACUAAUGACAGGGAACUGGAGAACACCGAAUUUGCUGCACAGCCGGUCUAUGUGCCCUUCCUGAUGGUGGGCUCCAUCUUCGUGGCGUUUGUGGUGGUGGGCUCCCUGGUGGCGGUGUACUGCUGCACCUGCCUGCGGCCCAAGCAGCCGGCUCAGCCGCCCGCCCGCUUCUCCCUGCGGAGUUUCCAGGGCGAGACCAUCCCCAUGAUCCUGACGGCGGCCCCGCCCAGCCUGCGCUCCCCGUCCCGCCAGUCCAGCUCGGCCACCACCAGCUCCAGCUCCGCCGGCGGUGGCGGCGGCGGCGGCUCCGUGCGCCGCUUCUCCCUGGGACGAGCUGACCUCACGCAGGGGGCGGGGCCGCAGCAUGGCCUGGUUUCCGUUGCCCCCUCCUCCCCGCAGCCUGCCCUGUCCCCGAGCCUGCCGCCCCCCUACGCCUCCCCCCCGUGUGCCCUGGGCGUCCUCUCCCACCCGCACCCGCACCCGCACCCCCAGGCCCUGCCCCACGGCCAGCUGCAGCUCCACCAGCCCCUCCAUCCCUCGCAAAGCCCUGCCUUCCUCCUCCCCCAAACGUACUUCCCCUUCCCCGUGCAGGCCGAGCCCUUCUCUGGAGGGAACAGCUUUGCGGAUUUUGGUCAGAGCUGACUAGGGGGAAAGGCCGUUGCGGAUUUUGGGCAGGGCUGACCAGGGUUCAGGGAAGGGUAGUGGUUGCACAUGGCCUCUUGGUGGGGGAUGGUGGUGCUGUCAGAAAAAAAAUAGUAAAAGGGGGGAUUAUUGUUUUGACUUAUUGCACUUUUAUAAUGUACAGAAUGUCCUGUGUGACGCACGAUUCCCUGUCUAUGCACUAUGUAUUCUCCAUGUUCAGAGUUAGCCCCAGUUUUUCUUGCUUUUCUGUCUAACAGGAUACGUGUGUCAUGAUCUCAAAAACAGUUAACGGUUUCUUAGAUCUCUGGUCGAGACUGGUGAUUUAAGCCCUGCCUUGCAUUUUGGGGUACUGCUCUGGACUUGGGACACUGGCGAUGGAUUUUGUAUGGCAUCAACCAGGGAAAUAAAAAGACAAUGUUGACAAUCUUGAGCCUUCUUUGUAGGAGAGGGUUUUGGACUGAAUGAGUGCCAAUAGUAACACUUUGUUCAGUAUGGUAGAUUGUAUGGUAGAUGUUGUUGGAUGUGGGGUGGGGCAAUGCUUGCCAUUUUGUUUGCUGUCUUACCAGUUGUUUGACAUUAUUACGUCAAGUUUGAUACUAAAAUAUAAUGAUAAUCAUGUUAAACCA